AUGGCGCGAGAUGACCCUCUCCUAGCGCCGCGACCCUCCUCCGAGAACUCCUCUGUUCGGAAUGCCGAGGAGGAAGAUGCCCUGCUAACCGGAGAACACACCCGUCGUGAGCAUCGACAGAGUCGGUGGACAUUCUGGAAAGAAGUCGGUCUUUUUACUUGGGCAUUGAUAGCCACUAUCGCCGUAGUGGUUCUCGCCGUCGUCUUCCAACAUGAAACAAGUCGAAAUGGCGACGGCACGAAGCAGACUUGGGGCCCCGGAGGUAAACCGACUGGCAAGCGCAACUUGAUCUUCAUGGUCUCCGAUGGGAUGGGUCCGGCCAGUCUCACUAUGACUAGGAAUUAUAGACAGUAUACAGAAGGGCUACCGGUCGACAGUACCCUCGUACUCGACAGUCACAUCAUUGGCACCUCUCGAACGCGGUCCUCUUCCAGCCUUGUAACCGAUUCAGCGGCGGGAGCUACAGCCUUCUCUUGUGCAUCCAAGAGCUACAACGGUGCGAUAUCCGUCCUUCCGGACCACACGCCUUGUGGUACAGUCCUCGAGGCGGCUUCUUUGGAGGGUUACAAAACCGGCCUCGUGGUAACCACUCGUAUCACCGAUGCAACCCCGGCCUGCUUCGCCGCGCACGUGAACAUGAGACAAUAUGAGGAUCGAAUCGCGGAGCAAGAGGUGGGCGAACACCCGUUAGGACGUGUGGUGGAUCUUAUGCUUGGCGGGGGACGGUGCCAUUUCCUACCCAACACGACUGAAGGGAGCUGUCGAGGUGAUGAUCGUGACCUGCUUGGUCUAGCGAAGGAGAAGGGGUUCCAUUACUUGAGUGACCGGGAGGGAUUUGAUUCUCUGAAUCACGGGUCGGAGGCUAAGUUGCCGCUUCUCGGUCUCUUUGCUGAGAAUGAUAUCCCCUUUGAGAUCGACCGUCGCAGCCAAACUGACGUCUAUCCGUCGUUGGAGGAGAUGGCCCGUACUGCUCUAAACACUCUGAGUCAGGCUACGGCCGACAGUGAGCAGGGAUUCUUUCUUAUGAUUGAAGGAUCUCGUAUUGAUCAUGCCGGACACGGUAACGACCCAGCGGCACAGGUGCACGAGGUUCUGGCCUACGACAGGGCGUUCGCCGCCGUUCUAGAGUUCCUUGAGCGAGAUUCGACACCGGGCGUGCUUAUAAGCACUUCUGACCAUGAGACUGGCGGUUUGUCAGGAGCACGACAGCUUCACACCACAUACCCUGAUUACAAAUGGCUCCCCGGUGUCCUCGCGAAUGCAAGCCAUUCCUCCGAAUAUGCCAACCAAAAACUGGAGGAGUAUCUGUCCAAAGAGACGGACCAGUCCAAGCGCCAAGAUUUUGCUCGGAGUCUUUUGGAGAAAGCACUAGGAAUCGUCGAUGCCACCGACAAAGAAGUGAAUUCUCUUGUGGACCGCAACUCACCGGUUUAUCCCCAAUAUGUGUUUGCGGACAUCAUCAGUCGACGAGCGCAGAUCGGUUGGGCGACCCAUGGACAUUCCGCUGUCGACGUCAACAUCUAUGCCUCAUCCACCAAAGACGCCUGGCCUCUCAUAGGCAAUCACGAGAACACAGAAGUCGGCUCUUUCCUCGCAGACUACCUCAAUAUCGACCUGAACUCCGUCACUGAGCGACUCCGUGCGAGCUCAGAAUCGUCUCCAUCAGAAAUCAAGAACAAAGACUACCAGUUUACCUGGCUGGGCGAUCCCCUCGGCGAAAACGUCCGAACCGAAGGACUGGACACAUAUCAUGGAGAUUUCCGUAAACGGUCUGUUGAGACAACAGGUUCGGAAGGUUGUACCUGUGGGGAGACCCAUUAA